AUGACUCGAGCAUCGGAAUGCAAUAGCAGCGAACAUUCAUCUUCUGGUCACAGUACUGAUAGUGAAGAUAUCGAUCAUGCAUCAGAUUAUCGUCUGUUUCUUCCCUUUCUCAGCAAACAUAUUGAUUUAAACCAUUCAUUUGAUGUCUUGGAUGAACUGCAAAGGUUUGAUCAUGCCAUGCUGCAGACUAUUUCUGUAGAACGACGUACUCCAAGAUCUAAACUUUGUUUGGCUUCAUGGGUAGACCAAGAGAUGCUAGAAUCAGAUUGUCUGCAAUACAAGUUUCCUCAUGCACAAGUCUCUACAAUCAAAGGACUGCAUUUCAAAAGCAUUGGCAAAGCCUUGCCAUCUGGAAAGAUCAUGUUGCUUCCCGAAGAAACCUUAUUUUUGAUUGAUCAAGGUGCUCUGGUAUUGGAAUGGCAUGGAGGUAGAGUCACUGUUCAACAUGCAUACUCAUUGCUGCUUGGAAACGAACUUCAUCAGAUUCCCUUGGUAGCAUAUCAAGUAUACGCAUAUCUUAAACGACUUGGAUUCUAUACGUUUCGUUGUGAUGGGCAGUAUAAUCCAACCCUACAGAAGCAUAAGCAAGAAAGAAUACAAUUAAAGAGUCAAUCUCAUUCUAAACGUCAAAUCUCAUGGUGGGAAUCUAUCAAACAGCUCAUCUUCAGACUCAUUGGAUCAUCAGCUGUCGUAUUAGAUCAUAAACUGGAAUAUCCUUUAAAUGGAAUCAAGUAUGAACCAUCUUCACCACAAUCUCCUUGUACUUGGCUUGGUGAUCGUACUGGAAACUGUAUAUUGUGGCAUGUGUACAAACCACUUCCAAAGUUUAAAAAAUCGGAUAGGAAAACGCCGGACUUUGCAGUAGUUGGUGUUCAGUAA